GCUAGUUGCCAAGUAAAGAUGGCUUAGAAUUUCAGAAGACUCUGCGAACUUUCACUAUUUCAAAGUUCAAACAACAAAAACCAACGGAAAUGUAUAGGCAUCCUUUGUCAGGAGCAAGUCAGCCAACUUCCUUGUUCAUAACAAUUUUAUCUCCUUCCCCAAUCUUUCCUGAGAAUUGGACUCAGCCCAACUCAAGAUUUCUGAUACUAUACAUUGCACAGAUCCCCCUCUAAUCCAUUUGUUAUUGUUUUUUUCUUUUUCUCCCGUAAAUCAAACGUUAAAGAUGAUGAUGACCAGGUGUCCAGAGGCCUAUAGAUUCUUCUGCAAUCCAGUCAAAGUAAUGGGGAUUUUUGUAGCUUCCUUGGUGGGGUUCUUGGUUUGGUUCUCAGCAAUGAGCGGCUGGCCUUCCUAUGGCUUUCAAUGGAGUCAGAAACCAGGGAAAGAAGAUGUUAAUUUGGACGACAUUAUAGAACAGAUCAGGUACAUUGGAGAUUCUUUUCCCCAGCCAGUCGAGGUGCCAAAGGAUAAGCUUCUUGGUGGCCUUUUCCCAGAAGGAUUAGAUGUAAAUACAUGUGUAAGUAGGUAUCAAUCAGCCUUGUACAGAAAGGAACAAAAACACCAGCCUUCUCCCAAUCUAGUCUCAAGGUUAAGAAAAUAUGAAGCCCUGCAUAAACAAUGUGGACCAUUUACAGAGUCCUACAACAGAACCUUGGAAUAUCUCAAGUCAGGCAACCAUGGCCAAGACUCCAAUUCCACUGGUUGCAAGUACGUAAUCUGGAUUCCAAUGGCUGGUUUAGGAAACAGAAUGCUUAGCUUAUCAUCUGCUUUUCUUUAUGCCCUGCUAACAAAUAGAGUCCUACUUGUUGAUCCAGGAAGUGGAGUUUCUGAUCUUUUCUGUGAACCAUUUCCUGAGGUUUCCUGGUUACUCCCCUCUAACUUCCCCCUUAUUGGUAAGUUCAGUAGCGUUGAUCAGAAAUCUCCUGAGACUUUUGGAAACCUGUUGAGAAACAGAAGCCAUGCUAAUUCAACUUCAUCUUCCCUGCCACCAUAUCUCUAUCUCUAUCUAGUCCAUGACUAUGAUGAUUUUGACAAGCGUAUCUUUUGUGAUCAUGAUCAUACUAUUCUCCAGAAUAUACCUUGGCUUAUUGUGAAAUCAAACAUAUAUUUUGCCCCAUCUCUUGUUUCAAUUCCAUCUUUUCAGCAAGAUAUUAGCGAUCUAUUCCCAAAUUUAGGAACUGUGUUUCAUUACCUGGGCCGGUAUCUCUUUAAUCCCACCAACUUUAUUUGGGGGCUUGUCACCAGGUAUUACAACAUCAAUUUAGCCAGGGCAGAUGAAAAGAUAGGCAUUCAGAUACGAGUACUAGACAAAGAUUUUGGUCGUUUUGAGCGCGUGCUAAAUCAGACUUUGGGUUGUAUGCUGAGGGAGAAUCUGCUACCAGAAAUCAACGGGACCAAACCUGUCGUCAUUCAAUCUGGAAAGCUCAAGACUAAAGCUCUUCUGAUUACAUCUUUAAGAUCUUGGUACUCCGAGGCAAUAAAAAGCAUGUACUGGAAACGUUCCACCGUCACAGGCGAAGUGGUUGAAGUACACCAGCCAAGCCAUGAGCAGUACCAGCAUACUAGAAGACGAAUGCACAAUAUAAAAGCAUGGGCAGAAAUCUAUCUGCUGAGCUUGACUGAUAAGCUGGUCACAAGCGGAGGUUCAACUUUUGGCUAUAUAGCUCAUAGUCUUGGAGGAUUGAAGCCAUGGAUCCUUUACAAGCCUGAGGAUCAUGUAAUCCCAAAUCCACCAUGUCAGCGGGGCGUGUCAAUGGAACCUUGCAUGCAUGCCCCUCCAUAUUAUGAUUGCACAAGUAAAAAAUGGACUGGCCCAGGUGGUAAACUUGAUCCUAAUGUACAGCAUUGUGAUGACAAAUGGUGGGGUAUUAAAUUCAUUGACAGAGAAUAGGACUAGUGACCAUUUUGUUAAUUCCUGGAGAAAUAGAAAGAAAAAAUUUUCCCUUGUACACUUCAAUAUUUGCAGUGAUAUAGUCCAAAUAUUGUUUCUUCUUUUCUCAAAGAUUGCCUGAAGGACAAUGUAGUAAGCCAGUUUUACCAGAGGGCUUCA